UUCUCCGCCUCCCAUCUUGGCUGCCUGGCAUGCGCCUCAAGAGAGUUUCACCUGUAGCCAAGGCAUUGGCGUUAGAAACCUUGGAAGUUCCAUUUGCGCAUACGGAGAAUGGUCUGGCUGCAGGAUCCAUCUCUUCUUGCAUGGUCGCUGACCACUUGCUAAAGCUCGAUGAAAACGACAGCGAUUCAGCCUGGCAGAAGAAAGCGGUAAUGGAAUCUGCAGCAACUGCGUCUGGGGCCGGCACUGAGACGACAGCUGCUGUGGUGAUGAACUUCAUCCUGGCGAUGAUUCUCCACCCCCAUGUACAAGAGAAAGCGCACGAACUUAUUGAGAGCGUGGUUGGCACAAAGAGACUGCCGACGUUCCAGGAUCGUCCGGCCUUGUCCUAUAUUGACGCCAUUUUGCGCGAAUGUUUGCGGUGGCGUCCGGUGUUCCCUCUAGCAAUCAUGCAUGCUGCCGUCGAAAGCGAUGUCUAUGAAGGUUAUUACAUCCCCAAAGGUGCUACGAUCACCCCGAAUGUUUGGGCAAUGUGCCACAACGAAGCGAAAUACCCAAAUGCAUCCGAAUUCAAUCCUGACCGUUUCCUCAACGCGGAUGGUACUCUAACAGACGAUACCGUGAGUGUUGUGUGGGGAUUUGGACGACGGAUGUGCCCUGGUCGCCACCUCGCUGAAGCAUCUAUAUGGUCUGCGAUGGUCUACUUGCUUGCGAUUUUCAAAUUUUCAAAAGCCAAAGAUGAGACUGGCCAAGAGGUCGAGAUUAAGCCACAGUGGCAUGGAGGUAUUACUGUACGACCCAUGCCAUUCCCUUGCAGUAUCACUCCGCGGAAUGCAGAAAUGGAUAUCACGGCCUUGCAGCAUUUAAUAAAAGUAUCCAUUUAGGUCUGUGGUACUCUGUACUGCACAUCGCUGUGGGAUGGGAUGUGGAUGGGGAUAUAUUAUAUUUAUUUCUGUAGAUCUGGUGUAGCACAGGACUACUUAGCGGAUUCGUACUUGGUAGAAAUAGUAAUCUACUUCGAUUACACGGUUCU